AUGAAGUCACCUAUAAAGAGAAGAAGAAGUGCAAGAAUCACUUUGAAAAAUUAUAAGGGUAAAUCAAAGAAAACAGUUACUAAAAAAUCCAAGGAAGUCAAAGUUACACCAAAACGUUUGAAAGCAGAAAUUAAGCCAAUAAAAACACAAAAGCCCCCACGUUAUGUUUGUAGAAUAUGUGAUGAAGGUUUCACGCGUGAAACUAAUUUUCAGGCUCAUAUAGCAACACAUACAGGAACAUUACCAUUUAUUUGUAAUGUAGAAGGAUGUAAUAAAGGUUUUAAGAAUAAAUAUCUUUAUUUACGGCACCAGAAUAUUCAUCAAAAUGGACAUAUGCUGUCAUGUCUGUACUGUGAUAAAAAAUUCAGAAGAAAAGAUCAUCUAAAAAAUCAUAUGCUAGUCCAUGAUCUGAACAGAAAUAUCUGGAAAUGUGAACAGUGCAAUAAAAUAUACAUGAGAUAUGAACGCUACAAAUUUCAUCUUGCUUUGCAUCAUGCUAAAGAAAGUGAACCUCCACACUGUGUUUUCUGUGAAAAGGAUUUUGAGUCAAAAGAAAAUGUGAUUUUUCACUUAAACAGUGUUCAUAGUCGUUAUAAAUCUAUUUGUGGUAAAGAAAGACAAAUUAAAUGUCAUUUAUGUGAUAAAAUGUUUCUCACUAAUCAAGAUGUACAGAGACAUAUGAUAACCCACACUCAGAAGAAAGAAUUCCUCUGUGAUAUUUGUUCUCAAGUUUUUGGUAGAAAAGAUCAUUUAACACGCCAUAUUAAAAAUGCUCACCCUGAUGGCUUGGUG